UUCUGUCCUUCCACCACCUCCCCUCCCUGCUACCUUGGAAUCCUUGCCUUCUUCUAUUUCUCCUGCCCUGGCUUCUCUUAUAUCAUCAGCUAUACGCCAGGGGAUCUCUGAGGGCCUCAACCAGCGUGCGGAAUCGGAGGUGGCAGACUACGCCAGUCAAGUCAGUGGUUUUUCCCACAGGGGAGAGGCUUCUCCCCACCUGGACAGACCUUGCUCUCCAACUUCUGCUAGCCAGGCCUCUCUGUCCGCUGAGGACCUUGCCCUGGACCAAGAAUGGCCUGAUGAUGAGGGUCUGGAGCCUGACCAACCAGCUUUCGUUGGCCUUUUCAAACCCCACCUAUUCCGCUCCUUGCUCUUUAAGGCCCUAUCUGUCACCAAAAUGUUGCCUGCUCCCACUUCCCAGGGAGCGGCUUCCUCCUCUGAUGACCCAUCUGCUUCUCUCUUUUCAGAACAACCUAGCAGAGUGGAUACCUUGCCUGCACCGAAAUUAUUCACGGAUGUGGUAAAGAGACAAUGGGCCUCUCCGGGCACUGGCCCCUUGCCCAAUUCUCAGGACAAAAAGUUCUAUGCUAUUCCUACUGACUUUUCUGACUUGUUACAGGUGCCGGUUGUGGAUGCUCCAGUUGUAGCCUUAGCCUCCUCUUCCCAUCUUGCUGGUCCUCCUGAGGAGUCAUUGCGUCCUGAGGAUAAACGUGCCGAGCGGACUCUGAUCAAAAAUCAUCAAGCUUCUGCAUGGGCGGUAAGAACCGCUUCGGCGGCAUCAUUCUUCAACAGGGCAUCCAUUUUGUGGUUGAAGCAGCUGCAGGACCGCCUCCCGGCCUCUGACACACGCUCCCACCAAGACAUUAAUAAAAUUCUGGCCGCAAUGGAAUUUUCAGCUGACGCCACCCUCAACACGGCUCGCUUUUCAGCCAAGGCCAUGGGGUCUUCCGUCUCCUCCAGGAGGCUCCUCUGGCUCCACCAUUGGCAGGCUGAUGCCAGGAGUAAAUGGCGUCUGGCAGCUUCUCCUUACGAGGGUAGGUCCCUCUUUGGCUCCGCCCUCGACCCUAUUUUGGUGGAAACCAGAGAUCACAAGAAAGUUUUUCCAGUUGUUUCCCGUAGAUCGGAUUUUCGUCAACAGCCUUAUUAUCGGGCCCAGUCCUUUCGUCCAUCUGACAGCAGCACCUCCUACAACCGCUCCUCUCGCAGCUUCCCCUCCAGAGGGAUGCAGAACCAGGACUUUCAGGUCAGAUCCCAUUCCAGAUUCCCCCCGAGACGGUUUCCCCGCGGCGGCAGAGGCCGCCCCUUCCGCAAAUCUCGUUAAAGGAAUUCCAGACUCCUUGGUAGGGGGCCGUCUUUCCUUUUUUUCCAGUUCCUGGGACGCCACUACCUCUGAUCUUUGGGUUUGUUCUACUGUUCGGGAGGGUCUUCGUUUGGAGUUUAGUUCACCUCCUCCUCGGGUUUUCGUCCCCUGUUCUCUCUCUCAUGAUCCUCCUUCCCGUGCCCGUAUGGAGGCUGCUGUUGCUCACCUUCUUAAAAUUAAAGCCAUCGAGCCCGUUCCUCCAUCAGAACGCAGGUCUGGUUUUUACUCUCGCCUCUUUCUUGUCCCCAAAUCCUCGGGGGGCUGGCGGGCCAUACUGGACCUGAAAUCUUUGAACCGGUUCAUAAAAUACCGCCGGUUCAAAAUGCACUCCCUUCACACCAUCUUGGAGUGCAUUCGUGAAGGUGAUUUCCUUGCCUCGGUCGACCUGACCGAGGCCUAUUUGCAUGUCCCCAUUUUUCCACCCCACCGUAAAUUUCUCCGUUUUUACUUUAGGGGCUCUCACUAUCAAUAUAGGGCUCUCUCUUUCGGCCUUUCCUCUGCGCCCAGAGUCUUCACUAAAUUGAUGGCGACCCUUGUCGCUCAUAUUCGGUCCCUUCCCAUUCGUAUUUUAUUUUACUUGGAUGACAUUCUCAUCCUUUCCUCCUCCCUUCCCGGGGCUCAGCAGGAUGUUUCUACUUCUAUCCGUUUAUUUCAAGCUCAUGGUUUCCUAAUCAAUUGGGCCAAGAGUUCUCUAACGCCUUCGACCCGUCUCCAGCAUUUAGGGGCUGUCAUCGACACAGUGUCAUCCAUGGUGUUUCUUUCUCCGUCUCGUCAGGCCAGCUUAUCUGACCUGGCUUCUCAAUGUCUGGACGGCCGGCCCAUGUCUGUUCUUGCUCUCUCCCGUCUUCUGGGGAAAAUGGUGUCCUCCUUCGACAUCGUCCCCUGGUCCCGCUUACAUAGCAGGCGCCUCCAAUGGUUCCUUCUUCCCUUUCAGCGUUCUCUAUCUGUUUCCUCGUUGCGCAAAGUCUCCCUUCCUUCGAAGGUUUUGGACUCCCUAAAAUGGUGGUCUUCUUCGGCUAUUGCCAAUGGCACCCUGUUUCGAGAACCUCAUCGGUCUGUUCUUACUACUGAUGCGAGCCUUUCCGGCUGGGGGGCGCACUUAGAUUCCCAUAUGGUUCAGGGCCUUUGGACCGAAGCGGAGAAGGACUCCUCUAUUAAUUUUCUGGAAUUACGGGCGAUUUUUCUCGCCUUACGUCAUUUCCUUCCCCUUCUUCAGGGCAAGCACGUUCUUGUGUUAACCGAUAAUGUUUCCGCCAAGGCCCACGUUAACAGGCAGGGUGGCACCCGCUCUAGAUCCCUCUUUCACGAAUCCUUACAACUCGGCCUCUGGGCCGAGACUCACUUGGCCUCUCUGACGGCUUCUCACAUUUCUGGCAAGUCUAACGUUCAGGCUGAUUCUCUUAGUCGCAAUUGGGUGGACCAUUCUGAAUGGCAGCUUCACCCUGACCUCUUUCUGGACCUUUCUCACCGCUUUGGCCUUCCCGAGGUUGACUUGUUCGCUUCCCACUCCAACCAUCAGGUCCCUCGUUUCCUUUCCAGAUUCCCGUCCCCAGGAACAGAGGCGGUGGAUGCCCUUCGCUCUCCCUGGCCCUGGGGGGUGCUUCUUUAUGCCUUCCCCCCCCCUGCCUCUCAUCGCAAGGGUCCUCAGGAAACUCCUACAGGAGAAGUCGGAGCUGAUCCUCAUAGCUCCUCAUUGGCCUCGCCGGCCCUGGUUUUCGGACCUGGUCUCCCUGUCCACGGCCAGUCCAUGGCGAAUACCGGACGAGUGAAUUUGCCUUCUGCAGGGGGCUCUGGUCCACCCAGAGCCCCAGUGGCUACAGUUAACCGCCUGGAGACUGAGCGGGGAUUCUUGACGAGGGCCAAUAUCCCCCCUGCCGCCAUCAAAACCAUCCAGGCUGCGCGGCGCCCCUCCACCGCUCGUAUCUACGAGUCUACCUGGCGCUCCUUUUCAUCAUGGUGCUCGGCCCGCCAGGUUUGUCCGACUUCGCCCUCGGUUGAGCACGUCAUCGGUUUUCUCCAGGAAGGCUUCGACUCUGGCCUUGCCCCUUCUACCCUGAGGCGGCAAGUAGCGGCCUUGGCUUCCAUCUCCGCAUGUGCUUCUCUGACAACUGUUACCAAGGAUCCACUGAUCCGCCAAUUUCUGCGGGGCGCUUCCAACUUGAGCCCCCCGGUCAUUCACCGUUUCCCUACCUGGGAUCUCUCAAAGGUCUUGUCCUCUCUCACUCAAUCGCCCUUCGAACCUCUCCGGACGACUUCCCUGAAAUUUCUCUCCUUUAAAGUUUCGUUUUUGGUGGCGAUUACAUCCGCUCGUCGCAUUUCCGAACUGGCCGCCUUGUCGAUCCGACAAGACUUAAGUGUUUUCCAUCACGACAAGGUGGUCCUCCGUUUGGACCCCACGUUCCUUCCCAAAGUGAAUUCUGUAUACCAUUGAUCACAGGAGAUCGCCUUGCCCAAUUUUUGCCCUCGCCCGUCUCACCGGCUCGAGGAACAGUGGCACAAGCUCGACGUCCGUAGGGCUUUGCGGAUAUACCUUUCUCGUUCUGCCUCCUUUCGCAAAACCGAGGCUUUAUUCGUCUCGUUCCAACCUACCACGAUGGGGAUCAAGGUUUCUGCUCCGACCUUGGGCCGAUGGAUCCGGGCCACAAUUGCCUUCUCUUAUGAGUCACAGUCGCUUGCGGUCCCCAAUAGGGUGACUGCACAUUCCACCAGGAGUGCAGCCACCUCCGCAGCUUGGGCUACUCAAGCGUCCUUGGAAGAAGUCUGCAAAGCGGCGACUUGGUCUACCCCGACACCUUUUAUUAGACACUACCGUCUGGAUGCCUAUGCGUCGGCUGAUGCGGCGUUCGGCAGACGGGUCCUACAACGGGUCCAUGUUUCCUGAUCUGCGGCUCGCCCGAGUACUGCCCUCCCGUUGGACAUCAAGCUUUGGAGACACGCAACAGUCUGCAGUGAUUACCUCGCCGAUAAACUGAAGAGAGCAGCAGGAAGGGCGGGGCUAAACGUCAUUGCAGACCCGGU